CGUCUACUCUACCCGCACUGAAAACUGGCAGCCAACUCGUGGAGGACCUUUAGUUGUCCUGUUGACUCGCUACGAGCACCACCACGUUCACUGGUUCUCCUCUUUCUUUCUCUCGCAUCACCAGGAUUCGCUCUUUCUUUUCUUUUUCGUUCGUGAAAUUGUGUGUUGUGGUGAAAGGCAACGUAAUCAAGUGUCGACGCAUUUUCUAAAUCAAAGAAAAGUUAAAGGGAAAGAAAAAAGAGCCGACAUCGAUGGCGGGUCGUUAGGACGAGGCCGGAAGCUGCUGCUAAUAUUCAAGUGUGUCGCCACCUCGCCAGAGACGAAAAAUCUCAUCAGUUCAACAGCAAAAAAAAAAACCCGAAAACCUCACCCACAAAGGACAACGAGGAAGGAAAAUGAAGUCGCCUGUCGUCAUUUUGAUGUUUGUCAGUUUCUUCUUCAUCCAACCCAUCACCCCCACUGAAAUGUGCGUGGGAUCUGCACUGGGAAUGGAAUCGGGACGCAUCCCAGACUCGGACAUCAGCGCCUCAUCUUCGUACGCGCGUAGCGUCGGUCCCGAACACGCCAGAGUUCGUGUGGAAAAGGGAGGCGGUGCGUGGUGUCCUCGGCCGGCCAUCCAACACAACGUGCGCGAAUGGCUGGAAGUGGCACUUCCGUCGGGUCACGGCCCCUAUUUAGUCACGGCCAGCGAAACGCAGGGACGGUUCGGCAACGGGCAAGGCCAAGAAUUUGCCGAAGCGUUCAUCAUUGAAUAUUGGCGCCAUCAUUUAGGCCGUUGGGUGACCUACAAAAAUGCUAAUUCUCACCAGAUAUUGCCGGGCAACAACAAUCCAUGGCUGGCUGCUGUCCAGCAACUGGAUCAUCCGCUAGUGGCCGAACGGAUACGUUUCCUGCCUUACAGUCAUCAUCCGCGCACCACCUGCAUGCGAGUCGAGAUCUACGGCUGUCCCUGGACAGGAGGAUUGAUGGGCUACACGACGUGGCCGAAAAAGAGCGGCCAACAUCUGGUCGACUGGGCUGAAAAUCUCGACGACAUUUCAUAUGAUGGGGACAACCGAGUGGCCGGACUUGGCCAGCUGGUCGACGGCGUCAUCACCGACAAUCGCACAUCCAUCAACGCAACAUUUUUCGGCUCCAGCUGGGUGGGCUGGAUGAAUAAUGGAUCGUCGGCCGCCGAUGGCAGGGUGCACCUCUUUUUCGAAUUCCAUUCGGCCAGGGAGUUUACCAGCGUCACGCUCCACUUGGCCAAGGAGCCAACGUCGGCCAACGCCAACGCCACCGCCACCGCCACCGCGACGGGAUUGACUGCCUGCCUCGUCCACUUUGCGCUGGACAAGGACAAUUACAACGCAGGCAAAGCCGUCCGGCCUUCGCUCGACGCUCUGACGUCGGCCACCAUUCAGAAGGUGACCAUCGAUUUGAAGCGUCGCGUCGGCCGCUAUUUGCAGCUGCAACUGCAGUUCAACAGUCGAUGGCUGUUGAUGAGCGAAGUGACUUUCCACUCGUCCGAGGCCAACAUCACCACCACCACCACCACUGCCGGCCAGCGGCAAGGCGGCGACGACGCCGUUCGAUUCGGAAACGAGGCCGACCAGUCGCAAACGGACCAAAAAGACGCCGUCGAUCCGGCGCUAGAACAAGGACCCGAAAUCGCAAUCAUCGACGGCGACGACGACGGCGACAUGGACAUCGACGUCGAUGACGAUAGUUUCGAGGAGAGCAUUUCGACGGUGGCCGAAGAUCAAAGGACGGCCUAUAUUGGCCUGGUGGGCGGAGUCUUGUCCAUCGUCGUCUUGUUACUGGCCACCGGCCUCGUCGUUUACCUCAAACGACGUCGCAAUCGGCACGGCAAACAAGUGGCCGCCAUGUUGCCCGGCGGCGGCGACGGCGGCGGCUGCGGCAGCGAUGGAUUGAACAAGUUGUCGUUGACGCCGAGGGUGGGUCUCAACGACGCCAAACAGCGCACGACGCUCUUGAGUUUGAAGCAAUUCAGCCACAAAUCGAAUUUAGCGCCGUCGGCUCGCGACGGCUUUUACGGGCCAGUCAUUUCGAUGGCGGCCGGCGAGUCGGACAGCGACACUUCCUCUUUCUACCACGAACCCUAUCAGCAACAGCAACAACAACAGCAGCAACAACAGCCAAUUAGCGUCAAGUACAGCAGCAACAGCAGUCAAAAGCAGACGAACGCGUCCAGUCGAUCGGCUGCAUUCCGGCCGACCAAUCAUUUUUGCUCUUCUUCUUCUUCUUCCGCCGACGCCGAGUACGGCUGCCUCAUCCAAAAGGAGCCGUUGCUGCUGACGCCCAAAGGCCUGCACUGCAAAGGACUUUACACCAACGCGACGGCCAACGCGACGGCCAUGCCGUUACCCCGUCCGCCUUUAUCGGCCGUCAAGCUGUUCAUGGCCGACCCAUUGAACACGAUGAGCAGUGCGACCACUUCGUUCGCAGCUGUGCCGUCGGAAAAUUAUUACGCCACCACCGAUCUCAUCCUCGGCGAUCGCGGCGUGUUGAAGCCGCUUUUCGAAGAAAAUUCCGCCCUGAUGUCGACUAGUGAAUCGUCGUCAUUCGAAGGAUCGGAAGACGGAGGAGGAGGAGGAGGAGGCGCCGCCAUUUUCACGGCGCCACCUCCACCCCCGCCACAGCCGCAGCCGCACCCGGCGCCACCAUUCCCGUCGCACGUCUCGCCCUACGUCAUUCCCGCUGGGUCGCCCGUCGAUGACGAUCUUUGCCCGCCAGAUUUAGGCCGCCACCAAAUCGGAUUACUCGAGAAACUGGGCGAGAAUUCGGCGGGCGCGUUCGGCCACCAGCCGACAGCCGUUCACACAGCGUUGCAUUUCGCCGAAUUGAUUGACGCGUCCAGUUUCGCCGGACGCAAGUGCGUCUUCUUGCGGCUCGUGCGGCGCAACGGUGCCGGUCGCCGCCGCCGCCGCUGGAACAGUGACGACCUGAUCAGCCAAGUGAAGAGAUUGGCCGUCCUUCGUGACCCGUCCAUCGCCAAAGUGGUGGCCAUGGCCACCAAUCUAUCAGCCAGCGACGACGUCAUCACCUUGGGUCUGAUGACCGAGUACCUGGAAGGCGGACCGUUGCCCAUCUACCUGCGUCAGUAUCGUCUAGGAGCCGCCGAUAACUUUGAUCCCGGCGUCAAAACCAUCAGUUUGGGGGGUCUCGUCUAUAUGGCGACUCAAAUAGCUUCGGGCAUGAAAUAUUUGGAAUCGCUCGGCUUCGUCCAUCGCGACCUGUCAGCUCGCAACUGCCUGGUGGGCAAGGGAUUCACCGUGAAAAUCUCCGACGUGGCCGUCUACCGGACGCUGUUCGCACGCGAUUAUUUCUACAUUGACGGCAGGGGGUCGUUGCCCGUCCGCUGGAUGGCACCCGAGACUUUGCUUUGGGAGGAAUGGAGCAGUCACAGCGACGUGUGGAGUUUCGGCAUCACCUUGUGGGAGCUGACUGGACUCUGCCAGCACAGACCUUGGCAAUCGAUGGGAGAGACUUUGCUGCUGGCCAGCGUCAUCCAACGAUAUCAGGCCAGUGUCGCCUCGUCGUCGUCGUCGUCGUCGUCACCUGAAACGUCGUUGAAUUCGUCGACGUCGUCGUCGUCGGUCGACCAUUGCCCGCUGCUGCCGUCGGCCACGCUGGCCAGGCCGGCGCAUUGUCCGGCCGAACUCUACCGACUCAUGGGCCAAUGUUGGCAGCAAGAGCCGGCCAUCCGACCGACGUUUCACGACAUUCACGCCUUCCUCCAGCGGAAUAAUAAUAAACACCACCCACUGUAGAUUAGAUUUGCAUCUCCCCGACUCUCUUCUGAUUACAUUAGCGUUCGUUGCGUCGUUCAAAGUCACCUUCUAUUUCGAAUUGGCUAAAUCCGACUGUUGCUGUAAAGAGCUCAAAAUUAGCCACUGCCCCACCCACCUCCAACAACUCUUCGUUUUCUCGUUCGUUGUGCGUUGUGCGUUGUACAUAAAUACAAUUCGACCCAUCACCUAUCCCCCAUUGCAUAUCAGCAGCCAUUUGUUCAUUUGUUUUUUUGUGUGUUUUUGGGGGGGCAAUUUUCUCGUUUGUGUGCCAAAUGACGUCGAGAAACUUGCACGUCCUUUCGACUUUCCCCCCGUCCCGUGCCCCGAUUCCAUUACGGUUCAUUCUUAUAAAUAUCAAAAAUACAAUGAUGAAUACGUA